CGCCCAAGUUUUCAAAUCCUGAAAAAAGAUUUCCCCUCAAAUUCAAUUUCAGUCCAGAAAACAAAAUUCAAAUUCAAGACGGAAAUUCAAAACGACGCCGCCGCCGACCGUCAAUCGCCGCCGAAGCAGCCCACCCCCUCCGUACACCGGAUAUUACCGGUUUCUCCGGUCACAUUCGCCUCCUCUUUCUCGUCUGGUGUAAAUGUACUGAAUUUUGCACUUCAGGUUGAGUACAACUGACAGUAUGUCGUUACUAAGUAGAUUCUUUUACAAAAGGCCUCCAGAUGGAUUGCUCGAACUCUCGGACAGAGUAUAUGUUUUUGAUUCCUGUUUCUCGACUGAAGUGCUACCGGAGGGAAUAUACCAGCUUUACUUGCACGAAAUCAUUACCGAGUUACACGAGGAGUUCCCUGAAUCCUCGUUUCUUGCCUUUAAUUUCCGGGAAGGUGAAAAAAGGAGCCAGUUUGCAGAGAUACUGUGUGAGUACGAUGUCACCGUUAUGGAUUAUCCAAGGCAGUACGAGGGUUGCCCUUUAUUGCCUCUCUCUCUAAUUCACCAUUUCCUUCGUGUUAGCGAGAGUUGGCUUUCUGUUGGGAAUUGCCAUAACGUAGUGUUGCUUCACUGUGAAAGAGGGGGCUGGCCACUCCUCGCAUUUGUAUUAGCUAGCUUCUUGGUUUUCAGAAAGUUGCAUAGCGGUGAGAGGAAGACUCUUGAAAUGGUAUACCGUGAAGGUCCAAGAGGGUUGUUGCAGUUAUUGUCGCCGUUGAAUCCAUUUCCAUCCCAGCUUCGGUACCUGCAAUAUGUAUCAAGAAGAAAUAUUUCUCCUGAGUGGCCGCCUCCUGAGAGACCUCUUUCACUAGACUGUCUUAUCCUUCGUGCCAUUCCAAGGUUCGAUGGUCAGAAAGGCUGCAGACCUAUUAUCCGUGUUUAUGGUAAUCUCCUUAGCAAGGAUGGAUUGUCAACUCAAAUGCUUUAUUCCAUGCAUAAGAAGGGUAGACAUGUUCGUCAUUAUCGCCAAAAGGACAGUGAUGUGAUAAAGAUUGACAUACAAUGUUUGGUGCAAGGAGAUGUGGUAUUGGAGUGCGUCCAUUUUGACAUGGAUCCUGAAAGGGAAGUCAUGAUGUUCCGGAUAAUGUUCAAUACAGCAUUUAUUAGGUCAAAUAUUUUAAUGCUCAACUGCGAGAACUUGGACAUCCUUUGGGAGUCAAAGGCGCGGUUUCCUAAAGGGUUUCGUGCUGAGGUGUUAUUUGGAGAUGUUGAGAGCAGAUCACCCUCCAAAGUCCACACUGCCAUGUUAAAUGGUGAAGAGAAAGGCGGCUUGCCGAUGGAAGCUUUCUCCAGGGUGCAGGAACUUUUCAAUGGUGUAGAUUGGGUUGAUAGUGGCGAUGAUGCUGCUUUAUGGUUAUUUAAGCAACUGACUGUGUUGAAUGACGUCAAAGAUUUGUCCAUGUUGCGGAGAAUGAGUGGUUAUUCCUCGCCUCUUGACUCUGAGGAAGAAAACAAUGCAUCUAGUGUUGCAGACAGUCUUGAUUUUCUGGACUCGGAGAAAGUCAGUGCAGCAUCAGAAUUCAAUUUGCUGGAUGAUCGCUCAUCCAUGGAUUCUACUUUCGAGGAAGUCUCUUAUCUGAGACCCUUUGAUGAUCAAGUGAAGCCAAUAAUGUCGACCUUGACCAAUCCUGUCCUCUCCAUGACCACUGAUGAUAGACCGUUAGAUUCUCUUGCCUCGUCUGAAUCUUCAAAGGAAGUGGAAGUUUUAAAUGCAGAAAUUUCAGCUAAUGAUUCCCCAACAUUGCAGCUUUCAUUACAGAGAUCCUCUGUUUCAGAUUCUACCACCUCUAGUGAAGUUCCUUCUCCACCACCACCUCCUCCUCUUCCUAUGAGUUCCAACAAAACAACCACUAUUCCACCUCCUCCCCCUCCACCCCCUCCUCCUCUUAGUGCCUUUCAGGUCCAUCCCCACCUCCGCCUCCUCCACUUCCUGGUCGUGGUUCAGCCCCGGCCCCACCUCCCACCACCUCCAGGUCGUGGUUCAGCACCUCCACCACCUCCACCACCUCCAGGCCGUGGUUCAGCUCCUGCUCCACCUCCACCACCUCCAGGCCGUGGUUCAGCUCCUGCUCCACCUCCACCACCUCCAGGUCGUGGUUCAGCUCCUGCUCCACCUCCACCACCAGGUCGUGGUUCAGGUCCUGUUCCACCGCCUCCACCUCCAGGUCAAGGUUCAGCACCAGCUGUACCUCCCCCACCUCCCGGUCAUGGUUCAGGAAUUGCUCCACCUCCACUUCCUGGUGGAAAGAGCUCCAGUGCACCUCCACCUCCAUCUCUUGGAAGAGGAAGAGGUUUGCCCUCGGCAAGGGGAAGAGCUUCCACUGGUUCUUCAAUCCCCCCUAAAAAAACUUCACUAAAGCCUUUACAUUGGGUCAAAGUCACUCGAGCUAUGCAAGGGAGUUUGUGGGCUGAUUCUCAGAAACAAGAAAGUCAGACGAGGGCACCUGAAAUUGAUAUAUCCGAACUUGAGAGUCUUUUCUCGGUGGCAACUGCUUCAGAUGCUGCUAACAAGGCGGCCGGUUCACGUGGUUCUAAAGUUAACAAGCCAGAAAAAGUGCAAUUGGUUGAUUUGCGUAGAGCCUACAAUUGUGAAAUUAUGCUCACAAAAAUUAAGAUUCCCUUGCCAGAUAUGAUUAAUGCCAUCCUGGCUUUGGAUUCCUCCGCGCUGGACAUUGAUCAAGUUGAGAAUCUUAUUAAGUUCUGUCCUACUAAAGAAGAAAUGGAGACACUAAAGAAUUACAACGGGGACAAGGAAAUGCUAGGAAAGUGUGAACAGUUUUUCUUGGAACUAAUGAAAGUCCCACGAGUGGAACCAAAAUUACGAGUAUUUGCUUUUACAAUAACUUUUACUAGCCAGGUGAAGGACCUAAAACUUAACCUGAAUACAAUUAAUGAUGCUGCUAGAGAGGUCAAGGAGUCUUUAAAACUACGUGAAAUUAUGCAGACGAUCCUUACUCUGGGAAACGCAUUAAAUCAGGGCACUGCACGAGGUUCUGCUGUGGGAUUCAAGUUGGAUAGCCUUCUCAAACUUUCUGAUACUCGUGCAAGAAAUAACAAAAUGACCUUAAUGCAUUACUUAUGCAAGAUUAUAGCUGAGAGAAUGCCGGAUUUGCUAGAUUUCAGCAAAGAUCUUGUGCAUUUGGAAUCAGCUUCCAAGAUACAACUGAAGUCUUUGGCCGAAGAAAUGCAAGCAGUUAGCAAAGGCCUUGAGAAGGUUGAGCAGGAGCUCGCUGCAGCAGAGAAUGAUGGUGCUGUAUCCUUGGGUUUUCGGAAGGUGUUGAAAACUUUCCUUGAUACCGCUGAGGCUGAAGUGAGAUCGCUUAUCAUCCUGUACUCUGAAGUGGGGAGAAAUGCCGACUCACUGUCACAGUAUUUUGGCGAAGAUCCAGCAAGAUAUCCAUUUGAGCAAGUGACUCAAACUUUGGUCGUCUUCAAUAAGAUGUUCCAUAAAGCGCACGACGAAAAUGAACAGCUGGCAGAUGCCGAAAAAAAGAAAUUGGAAAAAGAAGCUCUCAAGGAACAAGCUGCAGCAUCUCCUGCAAGGAAGGAAGGCGUUGAUUCUCUUCGUGCAAAACUUAAUUCUCGUAACCAGAAACACCCUUCUACAUCAAUUCUACCUUAGCAAGAAAUACUGCACAAAAAAAAAAAGAUGGAUACAGCGAGAGAUAUGCUCUUAUGGUCGAUUCUUGAAAUCAACGAUUGUUGAGUAUAUUUAAAAAAAAUGUACAUACUGGAAAAUCGGAGCUACAAGCUGCUGAGGUGGUGGAAGAAACUCUCUAGAGGCGAUUGCAAUUAUAUAUAUAAAUAUUUACGUAUAUAUAGACGAAACAUAUGAAAUAUUUAUUUGAGCUGUACAUAAUGUAAUCAAUCGCCUCUCGUUGAAGAAAUGCAGGCGUAUGAUGGAUCCGCCAUUCGGUUGUGUAGAAAGGGGAAAGGAUGAAGUUACUGGAAAUAUUGUUCUUCGGAAGAAGAGGUACACUUCAAUUACUCAUUGAAUUAAGUGAAAAUUUUUCGAGAAUGUUGUACUCGCUAUAUUAUAUGGCUAUAUUUUAUUCGCGUUAUUACUCGCGAUACACCAUACUUGGCCGGUUGGCCAUAUUCAUAAAUCCAGUUUAUUCUACGCUCCGUUUCGUAAAUUUUAUCGAGUAUAAAUUUCACCAUGCAUAUAUAUGCAUUUGUAUUGUUU